GAACCCCACUUAUUGUUAACUAACUUCGGGAUGGUCAGUCAAUCACGAACCACCAUACGGUAUUGUUCUAUAGAAUUAUAGUGCUUAAAGAAGAGGAGAAGAAUGACAGCAGUUGUUAGCAUUAGCGGGCUUAUCGUAACGUCCGCAAUACUCUGCGGAAUAAUUAGUAUUUUAAUCUACCAUCUGCGAAGACUAAGAUUGUACAAACAGGCCUCAAAAUUCAGCGGACCUCCGGUACUGCCGAUUUUCGGCAAUACCCUCAUAUUCGUCGGAAGUAACGAAGACAUCUUGAGGAAGAUUAUGGAGCUCGGGGAUUUGUAUCCUUCCCCAUUUCGAGUCUGGUUUGGGCACAGAUUGUUCUUAGGCGUUACUAAUCCUGAGCAAAUGAAGACAAUCUUUCUUAGCCAAAAGACUAUCGAGAAAGAAGACCUGUACAAAUUUAUCCGACCAUGGUUAGGGACGGGAUUAUUUACCGCCCCCGCGUCGAAAUGGCGGGUCAAGCGGAAGCUCAUAAUGCCGACCUUUAACUCCCGAAUCUUGGAAUCGUUCGUCGAAGUCUUCGCGAUCCAGUCGAAAAUAUUGGUUCAGCGAAUGGAGGUCGAACUGGACGGGGACGAGUUCGACGUAUUUGAUUACGUGUCACUCUGUACGUUGGACAUUAUUUGUGAAACUGCCAUGGGGGUGUCGGUGAGAGCACAAACUGAGUCCGGUUGCCGCUACGUUGAAGCUGUAAAAAGUGUCUCGAAGGGCAUAUUCAGAAGAAUAUUCCACGUCUGGCUGCAUCCAGAUUUCAUCUUUGAGCGAACACAACUUGGCAAAACUCAGAAAGAAUGCGUCAAGUAUUUGCACAGUCUUACCAACGAGGUGAUAAAGAAAAAAAAGGAAGCAUAUUUCAAAGUCAAUGAUAAGCCGGAAAAAGGGGCGCGCAACGGGGAAUAUCGUAGAAAAGCCUUCCUAGACCUUCUCAUGGAGUUAACUCAUAAUGAGGAGAUAUUUACGGAUGACGAACUUCGUGAAGAAGUUGAUACAAUGAUGAUUGCUGGAAACGAUACAACAGCGAUAAUAAAUUGUUUCGUGAUAUUGAUGCUGGCUUCUCAUCCAAACGUACAGAACAAGGUGUACGAAGAACUCUCUGAGAUUUUCGGAAAUGAUGAUAACGACGAACGAACCGUGACACACGAAGAUUUACCACGCAUGGAGUACAUGGAACGUGUUAUAAAAGAAACUAUGCGGCUAUUCCCCAUCGGGCCCGUUCUUGUUCGCGCAGUAACAGAAGAUUUGGAUAUAGGUGAACACACGCUACCAGCAGGAAGUUCAGUUGUUCUUGCAAUCUUGUAUACUCACAGAAACGAAGAGUUUUGGCCUGAUCCACUGAAAUUUGAUCCUGACAGGUUUCUACCCGAAGAAGUUGCUAAACGACAUCCUUACUGUUACUUGCCAUUCAGUGCCGGGCCGCGAAAUUGUCUAGGUAUAAAGUAUGCCAUGAUGGCAAUGAAGACACUCCUCGCGACGGUUCUACGCAGAUACAUCAUCAAAAAAGAUAAUGUACAACCGAUACAGGAUAUCAAACUGAAAGCAGACGUCAUGCUGAAGCCAGUCAACCCAAUUACGAUAAGAAUUGAGAAACGAACAUCAACAAUUAAUUACAUCUGAGACAGAACAAUGGGACGAUUUUGAUUUCGACUUGGUUUUUAACUAUACUUCAAUUUACAUACGACAUAAAGAUAGUU